AUGACCCUUCACGGUGAGACUGAUCUCCUCAUGUGCAGGACUUUCCCUACGCUUCUGGGCGGGAGAGCAUUGACAUGGUACACCACUUUGUCAACUGGUAGUAUUGCGUCAUGGGAUGAUUUGGCAGGCAAGUUCCAAACCCAUUUCGCAACCAGUCGCCCUGUGCCUAAAUUCGUCCACUCCCUUGAAAAGAUUCGCCAACAAUCAGGGGAGUCUCUUAGAUCCUUUUUGGACCGCUUUGAUAAAGAGGCUUUGCAGGUCCAAGGCCUGGACCCUAAGGUGCAAGUGCAUAUACUCCUAUCAGGCUUGCGACAAGGAGCGUUCGCCUACGAGCUUGCUCGCCAUGAAAUUACCGACCUAGAAGAGGUCAAGAAAAAAGCUCAAGAGUUUAUGCAGAUUGAAGAGGACAAAGGGAGCCGAGUCGAAGACGCCCACAACCAAGAGAAGAGAGCCAGCAAAUGUAAAGACCACGUGGAAGAAGGCAGGAAGGGUCACAAACCCUCCAAAUAUGUCAGUCGCCCUUUGGGGUGUGACACCACAGGACGCCAACCACACAGCGUCCUGUAA